AUGGCAACUCCUCGAUCCAGCUCUGGUCCAUCCACGGGACCAGCAACUAUCAUCGACUUCAUCGCCACCGCACCCUUUGAGAUAUCCGCUCUCGUCUUCAGCUAUCUCGAAAAUUGCCAUCUCAAAGCCCUGCGGUUAACUUGCAAGAAGCUCGCCAAUCUUAUGAGUCCUCAUCUCCGUUUCAAGCGCAUCUUCAUAUCCGCCAUCCCCCUGAAUUUGCAAGUCUUUCGCGCUAUCGCAGAACACGAGACUUUCCGCCGUGACGUCCGCGAGAUCAUCUGGGACGAUGCUCGUUACGAGAAGCCACCGUCCGACUUCGUGACGUUCGAGGGCGAGUACGACGACGAAUGCGUGUAUCCAGAUGAGUAUCCCGACAACUCAGAUGACGAUGAUGAUGGGCCACAGAAGGUUCCACGUGGUGUUCCGAUCUGGCACUUCAUACGCUGCAAAGAGAACGUCGAGUACCUGGAGGAAAGACGAGACAACGACGUCAAAACCUUACCGCAGCAUCUUGAGAUUUUUCAGCAGCUUGACGCCCAGCUGCCUCUUGACGUCGCCUACGCCCACUACCAAGAGCUGCUCAAGCAACAAGAACAAGUGCUUUCCACAUCGGCCCAUGUAGCUGCUUUCAAAUGGGCCCUAGAGACGGGUAGAUUCACCAACCUGAAGAGGAUAACCCUGACACCUGCUGCGCAUGGCAUUCUCUUCAAGCCAUUGUACCCAACCCCCGCCAUACGCGCUCUUCCGUACGGCUUCAAUUACCCGCUUCCUCGCGGCUGGCCAGCCUCUAAAGACAAAGAAGGAGCCGACUACGAGAUGUGGGGGCGCGAGGAGGACAAGGAUAAAUGGCGCGGAUUCCGCCUUGUCGUCAGUAUCCUCGCCGAGCAGGGGCAUGCGACCUCGAAGAUCACGGAGAUGAUUUUCGACGGCAACCAUAUUCAAUCAGGGCUCACGUGCGGCAUCUUCCACACACCAGAACCAUGCCUCGAGUACGACCACCUUGCCACCGUAAUCAAGAUGCAGGGCUUUAAUACGCUUAGGCUUAACCCUCAUGGUCUGCGGGGCAGACGACAACAACUACAUCGCCUUCCGCAACGGGCGCCUGAAGCAGAUAUUGGAGGCCGACUUGCGACACUUUACCUUGGAGACCGAUGA